UCCGUGAGUCGAGGUCACCAUUCCCUGGUUCUAUGUGAUUCCUAAACCCUCCUCGUCGCCGCUCGAGCUGGUGUCCCUCCCAUGGACGCGGACGCGGACGCAUCCCCAUCGCGGCCCUAAGGAGGAGGAAAAGAUACCUCCUCGUUUCUUCCUACGCAUGGCGGUCGCCUUCGUCCGAACCAUCUCGAGAAGAAGCCGCAGAUCUAUUCUUUCUCUCAGUUUCCACCUCUCGAAUCCUCGACCUUUUCCCCCGGCUUCUCCCAUCGCGCUGACCCCGAAGAACUAUUCAGGACCUGCCUUUGCCCCCUUCUGCGGAUUCCUCCGACCUCCGGCGCCGUGUCUUCGCUGCCCGCACCGUGGUCUAUGUGGAAUACCGCGCUCUAACGAUGACCUCAAAGUCGCUCCCUUGGUGCCCCCGGGUGACCCGCCGAAGAAAAAGGGCAAGAGCGCGAAGAAGAAAUCCAGGGUGGAUUUCACCAAGGUCGAUCCGACGCUGCUCCCAACUGUGAUGCUCGUCGGCCGGCCCAACGUCGGCAAGUCCGCCCUCUUCAACCGCUUGAUUCGGAGGAGGGAGGCCCUUGUUUACAACACUCCCGAUGAUCAUGUCACCCGAGACAUAAGAGAGGGCAUAGCCAAGUUGGGGGAUUUGAGAUUCCGUGUGUUGGAUUCGGCUGGGUUGGAGACGGCAGCGACUUCAGGUAGUAUUCUUCAUAGGACGACUGAGAUGACUGGGAACGUACUCGCGAGGACAAAAAUCGCAAUCUUUUUGAUAGAUGUGAGGGAUGGAUUGCAGCCGCUUGAUAUGGAAGUAGGAAAGUGGUUGCGGAAGCAUGGGCAUGGUAUUCAUACCAUUGUGGCCAUGAAUAAAUCCGAGUCACUUGAUGACCAAGGAUUGCUUACUGCAGAGGCCGGUCAAGCAUACACUUUAGGCUUUGGUGAUCCAAUUGCCAUAUCUGCGGAGACAGGUUUCGGGAUGGCUGAGCUAUAUGAAACUCUCUGUCCAUUGUUGGAGGAUUAUAUGCUUCAACUUCCCAGCGAUAAUCAUGCCCGAGAUGUUAUUUCAUCAGACGCAGAGGAUAACGGGGACUGCAAGUCACCUUUGCAACUUGCAAUUGUUGGACGGCCCAAUGUUGGAAAGUCUACCCUGCUAAAUGCAUUGUUACAAGAAGAGAGAGUUUUGGUUGGACCAGAGGCUGGUUUGACAAGGGAUUCAAUCAGAGCUCAUUUCAGAUUUGAAGAGCGAACUGUAUUUUUGGUUGACACUGCUGGUUGGUUACAGAGAUCAGGGAAAGAAAAGGGACCUGCCUCCUUGAGCGUUAUGCAAACAAGAAAAAAUCUUAUGAGGGCUCAUGUAAUAGCUGUAGUACUAGAUGCAGAGGAGAUUGCAAAAGCUAAGACCAGCAUGAAACAUUCUGAAGUUGUUAUUGCCCGCCAAGCAGUAGAAGAAGGCCGUGCUCUGGUUGUGAUUGUUAACAAGAUGGACUUGCUUAGGGGGAAACACAACUCAAUAUUGCGUGAGAAAGUCAUAAAGGCUGUUCCACAAGAAAUCCAGACAGUCCUACCACAGGUUACGGGAAUACCAGUGGUCUUUGUUUCAGCACUGGAGGGAAGGGGAAGGGUGGCUGUCAUGCAUCAGGUAGUGGACACAUAUCAAAAGUGGUGUUUAAGAUUACCCACAGCACGCCUUAAUCGCUGGUUGCGUAAGGUGAUGAGUCGGCACUCCUGGAAAGAUCAAGCAACCCAACCUAAGAUCAAGUACUUCACUCAGGUCAAGGCUCGCCCACCAACAUUUGUUGCAUUUUUGAGUGGGAAAACACACCUCGCAGACACAGAUAUUAGAUUUUUGACCAAGUCUCUGAAGGAGGAUUUUGAUCUUGGUGGGAUUCCAAUACGCAUCACACAACAUUCAGUCCCCAGAAAAGCAGAACUCAGCAAGAAGAGCAAGAAGCCAUCCACAAGGAUGAAUGCGAGAAUUUUAUCAGAAAAAAGAGUUGCUUCGACAGAACUUGUUUCUUCUUGAUGGGCUUUCUUCAAAGUCACCAAAUGGAACAGGCUUCCUUCCAGGAUCUUCAAGCUCUAAGAAAGGGCCGGAUGCUUUUGAAGUCCAAGACGAACUGAUUCUUAAUGUCACAACAAGGUAUAUGGACUGACUUCAAGUGUUUCUAGGAAUUCAGGUAAACCUGAAUCAUAAGUAUUUAGGUAAUACCAUCAUUCUUAGACUGGUGGUGCAUAGGCACUUGCAUUCUGUGGAGCCUUCUUUGGAUGUUAUUCUAUGCACACAGAUGAAAGUAGUAUACUUUCUGAUAUCAGAAAGGAUGCCCAAAAUUUUACUGUCUUGCUGUUUAUGGAGAUUUUAAUCUAUAUAGCUGAUGUUGCAAAGAUUCA